AUGGAGCCAUCCAAACGUUCCCUCUCACGUCUCGAGACCAUGCCUGAUGACAUGCUGCGGCUCAUAGUCUCCAAGGUCGGUGCUUCUUCCUCCAUCGACUACUGUAACACAAUGAUGACAUGCAAGAGUCUCAACUUCGGACUGAACGACCCAUUGAUUGCCAAGACACUCGACAUCACCCCUUUGGUGGAACGACCCAAUAUCUCUUACGGGUAUGGGAAGAUGAUGGAAAGUCUUUUGGCAUCCAACAACCUUGAUGCUCACUACGUUAAAGGUAUGUGCGAGUAUUUUGAUUUUGAUAAUCCCGUUUUGGGACUCUAUCACCUUCGUAUCGCUUCUAAGGGGGCUCGCAAAGAGGCCAAGUACCUUUACGGUGUUCUUCUCAUGGCCACGGGUAUGAUCAACAAGGGGAAGAAGAUACUUUCGAAGUUGACUGACGCUAUUGGUCUUGACUCCGUUGAGACGAGCUGGGAGAACGUCCAGGCAUCAUUGAGUCAUCUUACCGUGGAAAUGAAAGACGUGUACGUGGACUCCCUCAUAAGCAUGGAACCAGAACUCAAUUGCCAUCCACCGGGGGUCAACACAGUCUGCUUCAAAUGUUACCCCGCCUACCUCAUGACAGAGUUUUUCGAGAUGGCCUUAGGGCUCAACCCAGCGUCUGCAUCUGCUUGA